AUGCAGGGUGAAAACAUUUGUAGUUUUGUUUGGAAAAAAGUGAUUGUGCAUUUGCCAGUUCUUGGGCAUAUCAUCAAAACGGAUGGUAUACGAGCUACCAUUUCAUUAGGAAUAAACUCGAAGAAUGACUUUGGUUUUUAUGACGUAGUUUUCUCUAACGAGAUAGGCUCUGCAUCACUAAGGUUACAGAUGGUACCGAUAGAACCUCCAGCUGUGCCAUAUGAUUUGAAGACUGAACACAUUCAAAGCACAUCUGUUCGCAUUUCAUGGAAGCAAAGGUUUGAUAGUGAGUUUCCGCAGACUUUUGUGAUCCAGAUGAGCGCAGAUAACAUUAUUUGGUUUAAUGCGACCACGGUGUAUGUUGAUACUGAGGAACAUGAGGGGAAAUUCAGUACAGGACUAGAAAAUCUCCAAGAGUCGACAAUAUAUUUUGUACGAAUGUAUGCUUAUAACAAAGGAGGGAAGAGUAGUUUUACCAAGAGCUUUAACUUUACAACACUCACGAAAGACAAAGACACAACUGCUAGCACAGACGACAAGUCUACACUAAUAGUUGGAGUAGUUUUAGGAUUAGUUAUAGUCGCUUUAGCUUUAUAUGCUGCCUAUGUUACAAUCUUACUGAAACGGAAAAGUAAGCUAAAAGAAGACACAAUUAAAGGGACAGAUAUCUCUGAGCAGUCGGACGCUAAAAUGUACGUAAAUAUGGGUUUGCUGACAGAAGACAGAGGCAGCCAAAGUUCAAAGACACAAGCAGACGGAAAUAAAACAAUGGCUGACAGUAAAGAGUUUGAGAAUCAAUACACCGAUCUAAAUAACCAAUUAAGAGAUGUAGGAUCGGCUUAUGAUGCAAUAUCGUCCAUAUAG